CCGGCUCGACACUCUUACGACCAGCCACGCUCGUCCAUGUCGUCUUCGCGACCUGUUUCUGAUAUCGUACGCCGCGGAUCGCAGCAGCAUCAUGUCCGUUUCUCUGCGGACAUCGAGCGCGCCGAGAUUUCCCUCGGCGCAGACACAGAUAGGCAGCAGCUAGCCGCCCGAGCGCUCACCAUCAACACCAACAUCGCACCGGGCGUAUCGUCGUCGCCUUUGCCUGUAUCGCCGAACACGACCCUAUCCUCACCACCACCACCGCCGCCACCGCAGAGCACCGACCUCGGCCGCUCAAAGUCUCGCAAUCGUGGUUAUUCCCUCCGUCGCACGAUCUUCACCAAGAACAUUCAGUCACCGUUGGCCGAUGAGCAUGACCUUAACGCACUCGAGCUGGGAGAAGGCAGUGGGAUGGGAGGAGGGACCAAGCCCGUUCCGACGGUGGCGACGACAACAGAUGAAAAGCCAGAGGUGACCAUCAUCCCCUUUACCACCGUCGAGUCCAAUCCCAAUGAAGAUGGCUCGGCGUUGAGCUCCACCCCUUCCACGGAGCCUCUCAAGGAAGGAAGGAUAUUAUUUUCUUCCACUCCGCUUGCGCAGGGCAAGUGGAUGAUGGCGGGCAGCCGCGCAGCCCCUUCGCUUCUCGUCGCCCGCUUCAAAGCUGUCGCAGAGACCGUCCGCAGGACCAUCCUACGCAUUCAUGACAUCCCCCCGAGUAAAGACGGUCGCCGCAUCGAUUUGGACGCCAACCGUACCGAUGAUCGAAUCGACGAGCGGACGGGCAAGCCUUAUAUUGGAAACUCCAUCCGUUCCAGUCGCUACAGUCUCUACAGCUUCUUUCCUCGCCAACUCUUCGCGCAGUUCACCAAGCUGGCCAACUUCUAUUUCCUCAUUGUCGCCAUCCUGCAGAUGAUUCCUGGCCUGAGCACUACGGGAACAUACACGACCAUCGUGCCCCUGUUGAUCUUUGUGAGCAUCUCCAUGGGUAAAGAAGGAUUCGAUGACUGGCGUCGUUACCGUUUAGAUAAGGAGGAGAACAACCGAUUUGUCCGUGUCCUAAGACCAGGCCAGGGCCACAACAACGUGUCGGAGUUUAGUGAUGAUAAUGAUGAUGAUGAUGAUGAUGAUGAUGAUGACUUUCAGGAUUGGGCCUGGAGCAAAUGGCAGGACAUCAAGGUCGGAGACAUCAUCAGGCUCGACCGUGACCAGCCAGUUCCUGCUGAUAUCGUCCUGCUUCAUGCCACCGGCGCCAACGGUUCGGCUUUCAUCGAGACCAUGGCAUUGGACGGGGAAACGAACCUCAAGAAGAAACAGCCGUGCCAGCCGGUAGCCAAAGUUUGUCGGACCGUCGAGGACAUUUGCGCCAACAGCAGCAGCAGUGGCAGCGGCUCCAUCCACUUUGUGGUCGAGGACCCCAACCUCGACCUCUACAAGUUUGACGGAAACGUGACCGUCGGGGAGGAUAAGCUUCCCUUGACCAAUAAUGAGAUUGUGUACCGUGGCAGUGUUUUGCGCAAUACCGAGAUCGCGAUCGGCAUGGUAAUCUACAGCGGUGAGGAGUGCAAGAUCCGCAUGAAUGCCAACAAGAACCCUCGCAUCAAACGUCCCACACUCCAGGCCAAAGUGAACCGCGUCGUGGGGUUGAUCGUGUGUCUGGUGGUCAUCCUGGCCAUCGCCUGCACUAUCGCCUACAAGUUCUGGGCCAUCAACGUCGGUUCCACGCUGUGGUACCUGGAAGGCGCCACGAUCUCCUACGGCCCCGUGUUCACCUCCUUCCUUAUCAUGUUCAACACCAUGAUCCCCAUCUCGCUGUACGUCAGCAUGGAGAUCAUCAAGGUAGGGCAGAUGCUGCUGCUGAACGACAUCGACAUGUACGAUCCCGAGACCGACACCCCGCUCGAGGCGCGAACGUCAACCAUCAACGAAGAGCUCGGCCAGGUCAGCUACAUCUUCUCGGACAAGACGGGCACGCUGACCAACAACACGAUGCGCUUCCGCAAGAUGACCGUCGCGGGCACCGCCUGGUAUCAUGAUACCGACCUGCGCGAAGAGGCCGCCAAGGACGAGGGCAAGGAGAAACUGAUCCACAAGAAACGCAGUGUCAAGGGCAAGAAAGCCAUUAUCGGUCGCAAGUCGACCGCCACCGUCACGACGGUGGUUGUUCCAGAAAAGCCCGGGACCGCAGCUGCCCGGAGAAUCUCGAAUGGCCGACUCCGUCCGGACUGUCGUACGACCGACAUGAUCCAGUAUAUUCAACGCAAACCCCACACGGUCUUUGCGCGCAAGGCCAAGAUGCUGAUCCUCUCCAUGGCCCUGUGCCACACCUGCCUUCCCGAACGGGACGAGUCCGGGACCAUUUCCUUCCAGGCAUCGUCACCGGAUGAGCUAGCCUUGGUGAUGGCAGCCCAAGAGCUGGGCUAUCUGGUCCUGGAUCGACAGCCGAACACGCUGACCAUCCGAACGUACCCUCACGGCCUCGAAGAGGAUCCCUGCGACGAGAUCUACGAGAUCCUCGACGUGAUCGAGUUUUCCAGCGCGCGCAAGCGGAUGUCGGUGGUAGUGCGCAUGCCCGACCAGCGGAUCUGCGUCCUGUGCAAGGGUGCCGACACCACCCUCAUGGGCUUGUUGAAACGGGCGUCCCUGGCGCAGGAGAAGGUGUCGGAGAUCGAACGGCGGGCCAGCAAGCGCAAGACCGCGGAGGCGAAUGAGGUCAUGCGACGCAAUAGCGAAUACCACGCCAGCCGCAAGGAUAGCGGCGUCCGGUCAAGUUUCAGCCGUCCGAGCCUGAGUCGCCCGAGUCUCUCGGGCAGACGAUCCAGUGUCUCGGGCAACCAUCCCGUGUCAUCAUCGGCCUUGCGGGACAGCAUCGACGUCUGGCUUCGUGAUCGGGAGACGGAUGGUGGACUGCUGAACCGGGACAGUGGCAGUGAGUUUUACAGCCCACGGCCCUCGGCCCAGUACGGACGACUGUCGGCGGCGUUUUCGGAUGUCGCCAGCGUUUCGGAAAAUGAAAUCGAGGAGACCGUGGAAGAAGAAGAAGAAGAAGAAGAAGAUCUGGUGGAGGAGGCGCUGGUGGUUAACGAGGCGGCCGUCUUUGAACGAUGCUUCCAGCACCUCAACGACUUUGCCAACGAGGGCCUCCGGACGCUGAUGUAUGGACACCGUUUUCUCGACGAAUCCACCUACCGGACCUGGAAGCAAGCGUACAACGAAGCCUCGACCAGUCUCGUCGACCGACAGGCCAAAGUGGAGCAGGUCGGCCAGCAGAUUGAGCGGGAGCUUGAGCUGAGCGGCGCGACGGCCAUCGAGGACAAGCUGCAAAGGGGCGUGCCCGAGGCGAUCGACAAGCUGCGCCGGGCUAACAUCAAGCUGUGGAUGCUGACGGGGGACAAGCGCGAGACGGCGAUCAACAUCGGUCACUCGUGCCGCCUGGUGAAGGACUACUCGACGCUAGUAGUGCUCGACCAAGAGGCUGGCGGGGUGGCACAGGCCAUCGACCAGUUGACGGCCGAUAUCACCCAGGGCGGGGUGGCCCACUCGGUGGUGGUGGUGGACGGGCAAACGCUGUCGACGAUCGAGGCGGACGCGGGCCUGAUGGCGCGCUUCUUCCGGCUGGCGAUCCUGGUCGACUCGGUGAUCUGCUGCCGGGCCAGCCCGAAGCAGAAGGCGUUUCUGGUGCGGACGAUCCGCAAGCACGUGCAGGAUGCGAUCACGCUGGCGAUCGGCGACGGGGCCAACGACAUUGCGAUGAUCCAGGAGGCGCACGUGGGGAUCGGGAUCACGGGCAAGGAAGGGUUGCAGGCGGCGCGGAUCUCGGACUACUCGAUCGCGCAGUUCCGGUUCCUGCUGAAGCUGCUGCUGGUGCACGGGCGGUGGAACUACGUGCGGGUGUGCAAGUACACGCUGGGCACGUUCUGGAAGGAGAUGAUGUUCUACCUGACGCAGGCGCUGUACCAGCGAUGGAACGGAUACACGGGGACGAGUCUGUACGAGCCGUGGGGGUUGAGCAUGUUCAACACGCUGUUCACGUCGCUGCCCGUGAUUUUCCUGGGGAUCUUCACCAAGGACCUGGCCGCGUCGACGCUGCUGGCGGUUCCGGAGCUGUACUCGCGCGGGCAGCGGCACUCCGGGUUUAACAUUCAGCUGUGGGCCGGGUGGGCGUUGAUGGCGACGUGCGAGGCGAUGGUCAUCUUCUUCGCCAUGUACGGGCUAUACGGGAAUAUCUCGAUCAAUGCGACGGACAACGGGGUGUUUGCGCUGGGCCUGCUGACCUACACAUGCUGCGUGGUGGUGAUCAACACGAAGCUGCAGGUGCUCGAGGUGCACAACAAGACGGUGCUGUCUGCGGUGGUGAUGUUCAUCUCGAUCGGCGGCUGGUUCCUGUGGAACAUCAUCCUGUCGUGCACGUACAAGGAGAGCUCGGGGAAAGGGAUCUACGAGGUGCCGCGCAACUUUCUGACGGAGACGGGGCGCAACCUGCUCUUCUGGGCGGUGGCGCUGCUGACGGUGGUCGCGGUGGUGCUGUUGGAGCUGACAGUCAGCACGGUGCGCGCCCAACUCUUCCCCACAGACGUGGACAUCUUCCAGGAGUACGAGCAGGACCUGGCGAUCCGCAAGCGGUUCGAGGAGGCGGCGGCGACGGAGCUGCAGCAGGGCUGGGAUCGGGGGACGAAGCGAUCCAGCGCGGAGCUGGAGCGCGAGCGGCAGGUACAGGAACUGCUAGCCCGGCCGCGGGUGAUGAAGAGCCCUACAGCUGGUGGUGGUGGUGGUGGUGGUGGUGGUGCUGCUGCUGCUGCAGAUGCAGUGGAGGUGGAGAUGGAGGCGUAUGGAGGCGAGCAGCCCCCUGCGCGGCGAUCCGUUGAUAUCCACGAGAUGUUCAGCAAAGGGUUUGGUUCACUCAAGAAGGGGCAUCUCUGAGAACUCCUACUCCGUCCCUAUACCUUAUACCUUAUACCUUAUACAUGAUACCCAUAGAUAUGAAUAAACUCCUCCAG